CAGAGCGGCGCUCGGGGAGCUGAGCAAUCCAGCACCAUGGGUUUACUGGAGUGCUGUGCCAGAUGUCUCAUUGGGGCACCCUUUGCUUCCCUGGUUGCCACUGGCCUGUGCUUCUUUGGGGUGGCACUGUUUUGUGGCUGUGGGCACGAAGCCCUCACAGGCACCGAGCAGCUCAUCGAGACCUACUUCUCCAAAAACUACCAGGACUAUGAGUUCCUCCUCGAUGUCAUCCAUGGCUUUCAGUACUUCAUCUACGGCACAGCUGCCUUCUUCUUCCUCUAUGGAGCCCUGCUGCUGGCCGAAGGCUUCUACACCACCGGCGCCGUCCGGCAAAUCUUUGGGGACUACAGGACCACCAUCUGCGGCAAGGGCCUCAGCGCUACGUUUGUGGGCAUUACCUACGUCCUGACCAUCAUCUGGCUCCUGGUGUUCGCCUGCUCUGCCGUGCCUGUCUACAUCUAUUUUAACACCUGGACCACCUGCCAGUCCAUUGGCAACCCCACCAAGACCUCGGCCAGCAUUGGCACACUGUGUGCGGAUGCCAGAAUGUAUGGUGUCCUGCCCUGGAAUGCUUUCCCUGGCAAGGUGUGUGGCUCCAACCUGCUCUCCAUCUGCAAGACCAGCGAGUUCCAGAUGACUUUCCACCUCUUCAUCGCAGCCUUCGUGGGGGCAGCUGCCACGCUGGUCUCACUGGUCACCUUCAUCAUCGCAGCCACCUACAACUUCGCAGUCCUCAGGCUGAUGGGCCGAGGCACCAAGUUCUAGCCCACGAGGCGGAGCCCAGCCAGACCAG